UCCCCAAAAUGCACAUUUCAUUUACUUUUGUUUUUGCAGCUGCGAGUCGAUGUUGUGCCCAAGACCACGGAGAAUUUUCGCGCUUUGUGCACCGGUGAAAAAGGAUUUGGCUACAAAGGCUCCACCUUUCAUCGUGUCAUACCGAAUUUUAUGUGCCAAGGUGGAGACUUUACUGCGCAUAAUGGCACCGGCGGCAAAUCCAUUUAUGGCAAUAAAUUCGAUGAUGAGAAUUUCGUUUUGAAACACACCGAGGCGGGUACUUUGUCCAUGGCCAAUUCGGGACCCAAUACCAAUGGUUCACAGUUUUUUAUAACCACCGUUAAGACAGCUUGGCUGGAUAAUCGUCAUGUGGUCUUUGGACGCGUUGUCGAAGGCUUGGAUAUUGUAAAGAAAAUCGAAGCCAUGGGCAGUCAAUCGGGUAAAACAUCGAAAAAUAUUGUCAUCAGCGACAGUGGACAGUUGUAAGGAGUGGCAAUAAUAAAAAACAAACAUUUUUUUUUGAAAAAAUAUA